AUGUCUGAUGACUUGAACGAGUUGAAAUUAUUUGGGGAGAGUUUAGGUCUUAAAGAUGAAGAUCUCACAAAUUUUAUUAAAGAACAGCAAGCUUUACGGAGAGAUGAGAGACAAGCUCAGAGAGAGUUAGAUAAGAUAAAGAUAAAAUCUCAGACUGAGGUUGAAAAAGAGAGACUAAGUUUUGAGUUUGAACGAUAUGCUGAGGCUCAGCACUGGGAUCAUUCAAACUGGGCUAUAAAUCUUAGUGCAUUAUUAAAGGGGAAGGCUUUAGAUGUGUAUGCGUUAAUGCCAAAAACUCAUGCCCUUGAUUACAAUACUCUUAAGACAGCUUUAUUGAAACGCUUUGAAUUGACCGAUGAUGGUUUUAAAAAGAAGUUUAGAUCAUGUAGGCCUGAUCAGUGUGAAACCUUUUCUCAAUUUGCUGUCCGAUUGAGUAGUUACUUUGAAAGGUGGGUUGAAAUGGCAAAGGCACCCAAAACAUAUCAAGGUUUGUAUGAUCUUAUGUUGCGAGAUCAAUUUCUGCAUGUAUGUACUCAAGAUUUAAGAUUGUUUUUAAAGGAGAGAAUACCCGACAGUCUAACAAAUAUGGCAAACUUAGCUGACCAGUACAAAGAUGCCCGUGACUUGAGUGCGGUUCAAGCUGCAGGUAAGGGUAAAAUUUCUUUGUCAAAAAAGGUUGAUCAGGUAAAGAAAGUAGAUGUUGGUGAGAACAAGAGUUCGUCUUUUGAUAAGAAAGAACGUAAGUGUUUUAAAUGUCACAAAGUUGGACAUAUUGCAUCAGAGUGUAGGUCCAAAACAACGUUAAACAAUGUGUCACAUGCUGUACAGGACGUUGGAUCUUCUGAGCAAAAGGUAUGUUUUGUUAGUACAAUGCCUUCAGACUCUGUUGUAGAAUCUACUGCAUCUUCAUUUCCAACAACUACGUCAUUUUCUUCUUGUCAAAGUAACCUAGCUUCUAGUAUGCCGAUAUCUGCAGGUUAUGUUAACAAUGUACCAGUGACAGUCUUGAGAGAUACUGGCUGCAGUGGUAUUGUCAUAAGGAGGAGCAAAAUACAAGAUGAAGACCUAGUACAAGGUAAGAAACAGACUUGUGUUCUAGCAGAUGGCUCCAAAAUAACUGUUCCGAUCGCAGAGGUUUCCAUUAAUACUCCCUUCCUGAAAGGACAAUAUGAGGUAUGGUGCAUGGAGAAUCCUGUAUACGAUCUGAUAGUUGGUAAUGUCCCAGAUGCCAAGCCAGCGACUCAACCAGAUCCAGAUUGGCAGGUAAAUGCUGUUGAGACCCGGCAACAGAAACGUAACAAGAGCAAACCAUACGCUCAGCUUAAAGUACCAGCCAUCAUCUCUGAGGAUCUUGAUCCAUUGAAAAUUAGAAAUGCACAAGAGCAGGAUGUUUCUCUGAGAAAGGUACGUGAAUAUGUUGAGAACCACGUGACUCAGAUGAAGAAAAAUGGUAAGGUGAGUUGGUUUAAGAAAAAUGAACUUAUGUUUAGACAAUACACUACUCGCACUGGAGGACAAGACAGGGUGUAUACUCAGUUGGUUGUUCAUGCAAAGUUUCGGGACCAGGUAAUGAAACUAGCGCAUGACUCUUUGUUAGCAGGUCACUUGGGGACACAGCGAACCUUAGCAAGAGUCACCUCAGAAUUCUUCUGGCCAGGGAUGCAUAGUGAGGUGCGGCGUUAUUGCCAGUCGUGUGACAUAUGUCAACGUACAGUUCACAAAGGUAAGAUACAGAAAGUGCCAUUGGAGCGAAUGCCACUCAUAGAUGAGCCCUUCCAAAGAGUUGCCGUUGAUCUUGUUGGACCACUUUACCCAACCACGGACAAAGGUAACCGUUAUAUUUUGACUCUGGUGGAUUAUGCUACUCGCUAUCCAGAAGCUAUUGCUUUGCCUAACAUCGAGACAGAGGGAGUUGCAGAGGCCCUGAUGGAGAUGUUCUCGAGAAUCGGUGUGCCCCGUGAGAUGCUGACAGAUAUGGGAAGUCAAUUUACUUCUUCUCUAAUGUCAGAGGUGAGUCGACUUAUUUCUCUUCGACAAUGGACCACAACACCUUAUCAUCCGAGCUGUAAUGGGUUGGUAGAAAGUUUCAACGGAACUCUGAAACAAAUGUUGAAGCGACUUUGUUCUGAAAAGCCUAAAGAUUGGGACAAGUACCUGAGUGCAGUUCUGUUCGCCUAUAGAGAAGUUCCACAGGAGAGUCUUGGAUUUUCUCCGUUCGAGCUUGUAUAUGGCCGAUCAGUUCGUGGACCAAUUUCAAUCUUGAAAGAGUUAUGA